AUGCCAUCCCUGUAUAGGGAAUUGGAUCUACUCACUGCACCGAUGAAAGUGGGUUUUGGAGCCAGAGGCCUGCACCCUACACCCCUCAAAACAUCAAAGGUGCCCACUUUUAGCAGAUCUACUUUGGGCCAAUUAAUCUGCAGCAAUUAGGAAGAGUCAGAAUGAGGAGGAAGGAAGUUCUAGCUAGAAGGGGUAGGCAAGGCUCCAGGGCAUAGCUAGAAGAGGAGUCGGGCUAAAGUCUUGGUCCCACCUUAGGCCCCUCCUCCUCCAGGAAGCCUGCCUUGAUCCUUACUCCACCCAUGGGAUAGAUAGGUGCCCUCCCAUGCACAUUUCAUGGCCCUGGUGACACUGGGUAGGGAGUUACCGGUCUACUUCUCCUGACUUACCUGAGCUUCUGGAAGGUUAGGACAGUGUCUUAUUUAUCUUUGUAGCCCAGGGGGCCUGAUAACAGAAUGAUUACUCAGUUAAUGUUUCCUUGAUUGCAUGAUUGAAUGAGUGAGACAGACACAUUAUGAUAGAUGAAUUAAGGACAAGAUGGUGGACUGUAAACCCAAGAGGGCACAACACCUACUGCCUGUUGUGAUGUAAUCCCCAGUGCCUGGCACAGUGCCUGGCAGUCGGUGCCCAGAGUGUCCCAGAUGGGCUGACCAAGGGUCAGAUCCCCCUUGCCUGUUCGUGCAAGCCUAAGCGGACCACCCCUCUCUCCUCGCUGCUGACGGCCGGCCGAUUAAAAUCUAGUCCCCGAGGCCGCGCCGGGUCGUGCCUAAGCUUUGUUCCCUGUUGCUACAUAUGUAGGGUCUUGUCUUUCCCUCUGAAGGAAGUCUCCCAGGGCAGGGGUGCUUCUGGCCCUGUCUGGCUAAGGUACCAGGACCUGCAGCGGCCAGUAUCCCAGACCUCUCAGGCUUCUUCCCAGAGGGCGCUGCUGGCAUUGGGGCCCGCCCUGGGGCCCCCUCCGGAGAACAAUCCCCAGGCUGCGCCACGGCCCAGUUUCAUCCAGUCUCGCCAGAGUGGGGUGGAGGGGCACGGGAAUGGGAAACGGCUGUCUGCGGCUCUCCCAGCACCCUUCUUCAACCCCCUGCCCCGGGUCUCGGCUCUGGCGCCCCCGUCACAAGCCCUCACUUUGCGAACUUUCGGAGUUUUCCUCCACUUGCGUCAUGGGAAAGGCAGGAGGGUGACAGAACCCAGGAGGCGAGGCGGCGGCGGCGCUCAAGCCCCUCGGCUUCUCGCUGGCGGCGCAGAGGGGCUGCGAGUGCUGGACGAGGGCUCGCCGCCCACCGGCCGGACACCGCGGGGCCGAGUGGACGACGGACCGCCAGCCGGCCGGGCGCGCCAUCUGCUCGCCGGAGCGCACUCUCCAAACUCCUGUUGAGUGUGUGCGGGCACGCCAGGGCUGGGGGUCUGUACGACCUGCGCGCCGGGACCGGGGACCGCGGAGGUUACCUUUGGAUGGGGUCCUUGGACUCAGAUCAGGGUUAGCUUCAGGCUCAGAAACUGCUGAGGAGCUAGGCAAACAAAAGAGGCCACUCAGCUAGUGGCCAGAAGUCGCCAGAGCGCCUCGUCGCACCCCCUCCUUCCCUAGGGUGGGGGCUGGCCAGUCGGGAGGCGGGGUGGGGGAAGCCUCCUGAGCCGGCUGAAGGCUUGGGGGCCGGGGGCCCCGGGGGCCCGGGGGCUGGGGGCCAGGCCAGACCGGGCUGGGCCGCUGGGGUCGCGGAGUUGGCGGCCUGUUGUGUAAGCCUCAGUCCUUGUUUUCCCCGGCCUGGCUGGUUGGGAAGCCGGACACAUCCACCCUUGGACUGGAUUCAAGAGGCUGCUGCUUUUCUCCAUGCCCCUCUUGGAUUUUCUGGAUUUUUGAAAACCCAGUGGCCCAGGAGGAGGAGGAAGGAGCAGAUCUGCAGAGGAAUGUGAGAGAAGCCAGAAGGAGCUGGGAGCCAGAGCUGCCCAGAUUUCUGGAUCGGUGGUUUCUGAGUGAUUCUUUUCUAUUUCAGAACAUUGUUCCAGUGGAAAGUGUCAAACAAAUUCUUGCCCUUUCAGAGCUGAUUUCUCCAAGUCACUUGACUUUUCUUUUGGGAGUGGAAGGAAGGAGAGACUACCCGUUCUGGGGCUGCCAGGGGAAGGGAGGCAGAUUAUGGACAUGAUCCCUCCCUGCUCACAGCAGUGUGCUGGAGACCUAAUAAUAAUAGGGCAGUUAAUGGGCCGAGGACAUUGCUUUGAGUAGUGGGAGGCUGGAUAGCAUCUGUGGGUGCUUAGGCCCCAGUUUAGGGGCUGAGAGACUGAGUUGCUGUGACAGGCCUUGAGCUGCUAGUGCAUUCUCAGUUCUGGGUAGGACCGUGUCUCCUCUCUCUCUACGACUGGCCCAGCCAUGGCGCUGAAAGGCCGAGCCCUCUAUGACUUCCGCAGCGAGAACAAGGAGGAGAUCAGCAUCCAUCAGGAUGAGGACCUAGUCAUCUUCAGUGAGACCUCGCUGGAUGGCUGGCUGCAGGGCCAGAAUAGCCGAGGUGAGACAGGGCUCUUCCCUGCCUCUUACGUGGAGAUCAUCCGGGCUGGUCCCACCUCCAACCAUGCCGACUCCUCCAGCAGCCCAGGCUCUCUGGGCACCCAGGUGAGCUCGUAUGACGCGGCCAGCCCUUCCAGGAGUGGUGGGGGCAGUGGCUUCCUCUCACACCAGGGCAGCUUCGAGGAGGACGAUGACGAUGACUGGGAUGACUGGGACGAUGGAUGCACAGUGGUGGAGGAGCCUCGGGCUGGUGGGCUGGGCACCAACGGGCACCCCCCUCUCAACCUCUCCUACCCUGGUGCCUACCCCAGCCAGCACAUGGCUUUUCGGCCCAAGCCAGCCCUGGAACGGCAGGACAGCCUGGCAUCUGCCAAGCGUGGCAGCGUGGUGGGGCGCAACCUCAACCGUUUCUCGUGCUUCGUGCGCUCUGGAGUGGAGGCCUUUAUCUUGGGUGAUGUGCCCAUGAUGGCCAAGAUUGCUGAGACGUACUCCAUCGAAAUGGGCCCUCGUGGCCCCCAGUGGAAGGCCAACCCCCACCCGUUUGCCUGUUCAGUGGAGGACCCCACCAAACAGACCAAAUUCAAGGGCAUCAAAAGCUAUAUCUCCUACAAGCUCACACCUACCCACGCUGGCUCGCCAGUCUACCGGCGCUACAAACACUUUGACUGGCUCUAUAACCGCCUGCUGCACAAGUUCACUGUCAUCUCGGUGCCCCACCUGCCAGAGAAGCAGGCCACAGGUCGCUUCGAGGAAGACUUUAUUGAGAAGCGGAAGCGUCGGCUCAUCCUCUGGAUGGACCACAUGACCAGCCACCCUGUGCUGUCCCAGUAUGAGGGCUUCCAGCAUUUCCUCAGCUGCCUGGAUGACAAGCAGUGGAAGAUGGGCAAACGCAGGGCAGAGAAGGAUGAGAUGGUGGGUGCCAGCUUCCUGCUCACCUUCCAGAUCCCCACGGAGCACCAGGACCUGCAGGAUGUGGAGGACCGUGUGGACACCUUCAAGGCCUUCAGCAAGAAGAUGGACGACAGCGUCCUGCAGCUCAGCACUGUAGCAUCCGAGCUGGUGCGCAAGCAUGUGGGAGGCUUCCGCAAGGAGUUCCAGAAGCUGGGCAAUGCCUUUCAGGCCAUCAGUCAUGCUUUCCAGAUGGACCCCCCCUUUAGCUCCGAGGCCCUCAACAGUGCCAUUUCUCACACGGGCCGUACCUAUGAAGCUAUUGGUGAGAUGUUCGCUGAGCAGCCCAAGAACGACCUCUUCCAGAUGCUCGACACGCUGUCUCUUUACCAGGGCCUGCUCUCAAACUUCCCUGACAUCAUCCACCUGCAGAAAGGCGCCUUCGCCAAGGUGAAGGAGAGCCAACGCAUGAGUGACGAGGGCCGCAUGGCGCAGGACGAGGCAGAUGGCAUUCGUAGGCGCUGCCGCGUGGUGGGCUUCGCCCUGCAGGCCGAAAUGAACCACUUCCACCAGCGCCGCGAACUCGACUUCAAGCACAUGAUGCAGAACUACCUGCGCCAGCAGAUCCUCUUCUACCAGCGGGUAGGCCAGCAGCUGGAGAAGACGCUGCGCAUGUAUGACAGCCUCUGAUCAUGUGUCCCUGGCCCCCACCCUGUGCCUGGGUCUGGUCGCUGCAGUGCGCUCUGCUCUCUAGACCUACCUGCACCAGUAGUGGCUGGGAGGGUUGGGGUGGGCUUUGGAGGAGUCAUGGGUCCCCCUGGGGAAGACCCCCAGCUCUUAGAGGUAGGGGUACAGCAGGGGUGAGAUUUGGGGUCAGGAAUCUUCUAGGCCGAGGCCUGGGCUCCGGGUCAGUCGUUUGAGGUCAGGCCAUGGUCUUAGCCUCUGCUAGAACCUACAGAACUCGCUCACCUGGCCACCACCCCCGCGUUCAUUCAGCAGGCACCGGGGCCUGCUGUGGCCCCGUGUCAGAUGCUUGCUGGGUCCCAGGGCUGCGACAUGCCUGCCCUCAGGGAGUCCCCAGUUGAAGUGGGGUCAGACAGAGAAACAGACAAGGGCACCGGAGGGUGACUGAUGGUAAAUAAGGGCUUCCUGGAAGCUUAAAGAAAGAACCACUCAUUCUGCUGGUCAGGGAAGGCUCCAUAGAGUAGGUGACAUUUGAGUAGUGUUUUGGAGAAUGACAAGGACCUGCCAGACAGUAGAUGGGGCCAGGGGUGGGGGGCACAUUCAGAAGAGACGAAUAGCAUGGGCAAAGGUGAGAAGACAUGAAAACGCCCAUCUUCUCUCCCUUACUUUUCCCAAGUAAGUUGGUGCCCCCUUGGUGGGGAUUUUGGCCUGUGUGACAGAGGGGAGGGCUCUUCCUCCCAUGUCCCUGUCCCUGCCUCACCUUGUCCCCUUAGGAGGAGCUGCAGGCCAACUCCCUCCUGACUCCCCUCCACCUGCUGAGCCUCCAUUACCCCUUGGUUAGGGGACCAUGCCGCAUCUUUUCCCUGGGCUCAAGGUGCUGAGACAAGCCACUGACCCCAGGACCUUGGUGGCACCUUCCUGGAGAGGACACCCAGAAGUUACCAGAUAUUUGAGUUCACCAGCAACGGCUCUCCACAUUCCAAACAGGCUCGGGCCCCAGUGAAUCUCAGAAUCCUUCCUAUUGCACAGAGGGAAGGCCAAGGGGAAGAAAGACGGGGGCGGGCUUGCCCACUGCCCCAGAAGUCCUGGGCCCGCAUGUCCAUGGCCAGCCUCACUGUGAUGCCAGCCCCGGCUCCCUCCCCAGCCAGGUUGUGCUGUCUCCCACCCAUGUUUACAUCCUCAGGGGGGGCUACUCCCUCCGCCCAGGCCAGGGUGUGGGCCGGCGGGUUGGGGGAACUGACAGGUCCCACUGCUGGCCUCCCCAGGAGGUCAUGGCCACUCCUGGCUCCUGCUGCCUGAGUCUUUUUUCUUUCUUAUUUUCUUGAUAAACCUUUUGCAAUGAAGACAACAAAAGCAUGGCUUUUUUUUUUGUUUGGAUCCCAAAGGGAUUGAGGGUGGGGGAAAGAUGAAACCCUAAGUGUCCCUGGGAGCUCUUAGACUGUGAGGUCAUGGUGGGCACAAAACCUCUAAAGCUGGGGGGAGGACUGUGCUGAUGGCAGGUGCUAGCUGGGAGCUAGAGGUGGCCGUGGACCCCAGCUGGACACACAUCCUUCCCAGACCUCACUCUCCCAAUCUCUCAAACAGCCGGAGUCCUGCUGGGGUUAGGCUGUGCUGCUCAGUAAUCUAGGGCUGAACUUGCAUGAGUGAGGGAGAGGAGACCUGCUCCAGGACAGUCUAAUUGACGGGGUUCUUCUCCCCAGGGAAGCAUGCCCCAGCCUAGCCCCCAGGAAAGCCCUGGUCCAGGAGAGGUGGGGCAAGCAGUCCAGGGCACCCAGUCCUGUAGCGGCUUCUGUGUUGGGAACUGAGGAGAGCUGCCCCCCCCACCCCCAGCCGGGCCCUCAGUGGUGUCCCAGUUAGGAUGAGCAGGAAUCAGUUUCCAUGUGGGAAGGAGGGGUGCUAGUCAAACCACGGUUCUCUUUCGGGGCAAGGGGGUCUUGGUGGGAGAAUAGGGCUGGCAGGGUCUGGGCCUCGGGGGGCUUUGACCAGGCCAGGGACCCAGGGAGCUUAUAGCAGUGAGAGGGGUAAGGAAUGGCGGGUGCAGUGGGGAAGGGGCAGCAAAGGCUCCCCGUUCAGGGCAGAGCUUCCUCAGAGGAACUUCUGGAAUGGGCCCCUGGCCCUGGGUCAAAAUUAGGUCAGAUUUGGGACUUUCUGUGGAAUUUUCCCCUCCCUCCUCCCUGCCCUCCUUCCUUCAUUUUCCAACCCACCCAGGGACCUUCCUGCCUUAACCCCUUCGCAGCUUUGACCUCCAGGCCGCCUCUGUAGACAGUGCUCUUGAGCACAGUGGGGGAGGCUCCUUACUGAGGUCAGUCUGGGGAGGGGUGGUGGAAAUGCCUUUCUUAACCCACAGUGCCUGGAAAGUCCCCUGUUUAUGCUUCCUGCCCUGGGAAUAGUAUUACCCUCUUGUGUCCCAUCCUCAGCAUGAGGGAGGUGGUCUGAGACUUUACUCAGGAGGGCUUGGACCUGGGAGAAGAGUCCAGAAGUGAAGUGUUGGGAUGGGCCAGGUCUACUGUGGGCAUCCUGAGAUAUCUAGGCUGGGGCAGGCUUCUAUGUAAUGGGGAGUGAGGAUGUCACAGCCAUUCCCUCAGGUUUCUUUCUCUCUGUGGGUUGGGGUAUUGGGGGGGGCAGUUUGAGAUCGGUCUGGGUUGACCGGAGCCCCUCGAAGGAGGGCCCUGGGGGACCAGUUGGGGAAGGCGUGGGAGCAUCCUGGUGGUGGCAGGGCCUGCUGCUGGCCUCAGUCACUUGCCAGGCAGAUGUUCCAGACAGAGCUGGGCCCGGCUACCUCCAAUACCCUCCCUCACUUUGCUCUGAGGGGGUGGAAAACAAGGCCCCUCUUUCUGCCCUGGGCAGCUGUCAGGACCUGGGGGUAGGGGGGAUCUGAAUCUCUGAUCCCCAGUCUUGGUCCAGUCCACGAAAGGAGUCAGCUUUGUGGCCACAUGUGGGGGUUGGGGAUGGAGGCAGCCCUCAGAUCCUGCAUCUGUUGCCUCCCGGACACACAGGAGGGCCACAAGCCGCCAUGCCACAGCUCUGCCACAGCUGUGCCACGCCUGGAGGGGAGGUAGGCAGACGGGUGGCUCCAGAGCCCACUCAGCACCUCUCCUCCAUCCCGUGGCACAGCCGCGCUGUCAUCCACACGUCCACGAAGUCACAGGUAGAGCUGCCCAAGCCCAAGCAGCCACAGCCACGUGCAGCCACACACCCUGCCCACGGGGACAUGGGCCAGCCCUGGCCGUCCGCACACAGAUGCACAGUCACGUGCUCGUCCAGGGGCACUCCCAGCCACGGCGCCACCCACGGCACAUGUUCAUGGCCGUGGCUGCACACGCAUCAUCUCUUCCCAGCACUGGUCACAUUGUGUCCCCACGCAUAGCCGUACCGCAGUCCUACCCGCACAGAGCGACACACUCAGACACACGGCCACAAGCCACACAUGCUCAGAGCAAAGGUGUCACGCGUGUCGCUGCUUCUAGACUGCACCCGCGCCACCUCCUGGGGGAGCCAGUGGCAUCACCUGUCAUCUGACACCGGCGCUGUCCAGAUGGGGAACUUGAGGUCUGGUGAGGGGUGGCAGCCGGCUGUGUCACCCCAUGCCACUGGCCCGAGGGUGUUCAAGGGCUUGAGCCCAGCCCCGGGUAGCUCUGUGGCCGGUCCCCAGGGCCAGUCCCUCCUGCCUCAUAGGCCCCUGGCUGAACCCACCCAACAGAGCUCCAGGCCUCUCCUAUCUGUCCAGCCAGAGUUGAGGCCGCAGCGUGCAUGUGAGCCAGGGCAGGGACGCAGUGGGCAGGGCCCAGGCCUGGGCGGGAGGAACAUUCCUGCACCAUCUCCUCCCCAAGCAUGUGAGGACUGGGCCCGCCCUGCCUGCCUGCCUGCCCGCUGACUCAGGCCUCCAGGAGCCAAGCCCGCUUGUCCUCCCCCCCCCCCCAACCCCCAACCUGCUUCCCUUCCAGUUCAGCUCCAGUAGGGCUCCGUGGGCUGGGGUAGGAGACGAGGAGCCCUGGCAAAAACCACGGAGAGAAAUGAAAAUUCACCUCCCCCAGAUGGCGCUCAGCAGAGCGCUCUGAUUGUGAAACCCAGUCCCAGGUUUCAGGAGAGUUUAGCGCAAACCUUUUUUCCUUUGGUUUUGUUUUGUUAGUCAAACCCCAGUGCAGUCCGGGCUGUUGAAAAAGCGAGUCUCACAUAGCUGUGGCCUCCUUGGUCCUCACAGCAGCCCAGGUAGGCGGCAUUGUUCCAUUUCACAGACGAAGGGACUGAGGCUUGUCUAGAGCGAAGAUGGGCCCGGCCUGGGAUCACAGUGAGACCCAGGUGGAGCUGGACUCGAACCCAGUUCCCUGACGUCUUUCCUCAAAGUCUUGAUUGACUCACUUAAGUCUGAAGGAAAAGGGUCUGGCAGAGCUCCAUUCCAGAGGUGAAAGAACGGGAGGCUGGCAGACCCAACUGCUGAAAUGUGAAGGGGCUGGUGGGUAGGGUGAGUCCCACCAGCUCCCAGGGACGAAGAGGCUGACCACAGCCCUGCACAGUGGCCACGGCCUUGACCCAGGAUCUCCCCUUACACAUGAAUGUGUGUGAGGAGCAUCGCCUCAUUUCUCUGCAACUGACCAGAAUUUCUUUGUUGCAUUCUCAUUCCCUCACAUGGUAGAAAAGGAAUUGCAAAUCAAUUUGCGGACCCCUCCUUUCAAAGAUUUGGGGAUGGCACAUUGGAAGACAGUGGGCAGGCCUCUGGCACUUUGAAUUUUAGAGACUGAAUCCCACACCCUAUCACACAUAUGAAAAUUUGCCUGCCUUCCACAUUAAAGAUCAUUCAUAUACACCUGUUUCAGUUGGGUUCAGUUUGUUACUUGGCAAUGCCUUGUCUUACAGAUAUUUAUUUAAACUUUAUUAAUGUUGAUUUUGUCUUUUUCUUUUCUUUUUGUGUCCUGCUUUUUUUUUUUUUUUCCCUGCUAACGUUGUUGUGGGUGCUUGCAGACUCCUGGACCAUGGCGCUGGGCCUGUAGUGCCCACCGUGGUCCUAGGUUAGCAUUGGAUCCUCUGGUCAUCUGCCCCCACCACCUGCUCCUUUGAUCCCCAUCCUGAGGCCUCUGUGGGUCUGGCCUUUGGCCUGUUUUGAGCACUUAGGGCUCCCUCCCUCCCUUGUAUACCUGUGGACCUCAAGGGACCUCAGGGGGCUGGCAAAAGUCCCUUCUGUGGCCUGUGGUCCCCUCUGGGGCUCCUGGUCAGCAUUCCACAGCUCCCCAGCACACACUCAAGCACAAGAAGCUCUGGGAGGCACUAGAGAUCCUAUGCAACCCUUUGUCAUCUGGGGUCUGGCUGCCACCUUGGGGCUCUACCUGGGAAGGGGCCAAGUCCCUGCUGCUCCUGGAUCGCCCAACUUCGGGGCUCCUACCCUCCCCCAGUGCAGGCAGCACCACAGCAGAUGUUGGCUGGCCAGGAUUUCUCAACCACCCUGCGUGCAAGAGAUGACCGGCGUCAUUCUACAGACCAGGAAGGGGGGCCCAGGGAAGGAGGUGCUGGAGUAGCCGAGUGGGUGUGAAAUGGUCCCCAGGUCUGGGUCACCUGGGCUGGGAGGCAAAUCGUUGGUGCCUGAGGUGGGAGUUGGCCUCCUGGAGGUACCUGGAGCCUCUGCUGGGCUGACCUGGUCCCCCUUGCUGCUAUUUUGGCAGGAAUGUAACGGGCGGGGUAGUAUGAAGCUCCGCCAGACAGCCCUGCUGCCCCCGGAUAGCCACAGGCCCCCUGUUUCCUCUCUCUCCACCACCCAGAGGCAGGGCCCUGGUAUUGGCUGCAGUGGCUGAGCCCUAUGCGAAUCCUACCCUACACGGACUUGUUCUGGGGAUGUUUCUUCAUUGCUUCAUGCUUCCAUUUCUCUAUUUAUAACGGGAGUUCCAGAUGGCUGUUAGGAGGAUUACAUGAGCAAAACGCGUCAACUGGACAGUGCCUGCACAUAGCAAGUGUUCAGUAAGGGUAGCUGGGAUAACCAGCCUCUGAGCAGAGCCCUAGAGCAGCCCUAGAGAGAGGCUGGGCCAAGAAUAUUGUCACCCCACUUCAUAAGUGAGAAAACUGACUGAGCGAGCCCUCUAAGGCCACACAGUAGGUAGAUGGCAGGGCUGGGCCUGAGACUAGGCCCCUGACCACCUCCAGACCUUGAGCCUUGCCCCGUGUUGCCGCCAUGUCUUCACGGGGAGCAGACUCCGUGGGGCUUCCUGGCUGUCACAGUACUCGCCAGCCCAGGACAGGAGGUGUCCCCUGGGCCAUUCAUUGGCUGUCCCACACACCGUCACACACAGGAGAGUGGGGCCCAAGAGUUAAGAGAUGCAGGCUCGUGUCAGGCCUUCCCUGGGUAGACUCGGGGGACCUCAGGCAAAGCCACUCCUCAGUCUCGGUUUGUCACAGUUACACCGGGCAUGCGUUCACGAGUGUGGGCCUGUCACUGCUUCGGUGUGCCGCAGCCUCAGGGCUGCACAGGCCGGCCAGGCGGGGGGCCGGGGGAGUGGCCCAAGGGCACAGCGACUCACGCUGAAUGGCUGCUGCGUGCUGGGCACCGGGCUCAGUGCCUCCCUUGAGUUACCUCGUUGUCCGCAACUGCCCGGAAGGUGAGAAUGAUUGCCAACGUGUCCCAGCGGACCGGGGCUCAGAGGCACGGCGUCAGCUGUGCCAGGUCGUGCCGCUCUUCAGUGCAUCCCACUGAGGCUGAGGGCUGUCCGGGCACCGAGCUGUGCCCUUCCCAGGCCGGGCAGCCCGGGGACAGCUGUCCUGCUGUGGAGUGAAUGCACGCGUGCUGGGAAUGGAGGGGAGCAGGGAGGUGGGCGGCGAGUGGCUGCGUGCCUUCAAGGUAGCAGGCAGAAGGGCAGAAGGCUGGGCCCACAGAAAGCACCAAGCAAAUAUUUGUCGACUGAUAAUUUUCUGUGGGGCCUCAGGCUGGAGUGUGGGAGCAGGACCUGGCCAUGGAAGAGUGGGCUGGGCAGAUGAAGGCAGGGUAGGGGUCAGGGGCAAGACUCAGGUGUCUGGGAAGGAACUGGGUCGGGAGCCUCCUUACCCGAGGGGCCCCCAUGGGGGUGAGAGUGAGGGUUGGUAGGGAAUGCUAGGACUGGGUUCUUGUGAGUGCCGAGGCUGAGCUGGAGAGGGUGGGGGC